UCCCCUAAGGCCUUCUAAACCCAUUAAGUGGUUCUAAAUCAUUGCCUACUUCUCCUCUUCACUACAACAAAACCCAAGCGGAACCUCUCUCUCUCUCUCUCCAUUCAGAAUCCUUCACUGCUUACUUACACGGAUUCGAGCUUCUCUCUCUCGUCAAUUUCGAAGACGCAACACGAAAAAUGGCUCUGAGGCUGAACCCUAACCCUUCACAGAAGCUCUUUCUCUCUCCUUCUUCAUCAUCAUCUUCUUCUUCUUCAUCGUUCUCGCUUCCUCAAAUGGCUAGCCUCAGAUCUCCAAGGUUCCGCAUGGCCUCCACCCUCCGCACUGGUUCCAAAGAGGUUGAAAAUCUCAAGAAGCCUUUCACGCCUCCCCGAGAGGUACAUGUUCAAGUAACCCACUCCAUGCCACCCCAGAAGAUUGAGAUUUUCAAAUCGUUAGAGGGUUGGGCUGAGGAGAACAUUUUGACUCUCCUCAAACCUGUAGAGAAGUGCUGGCAGCCACAGGACUAUUUACCAGAACCUUCAGAGGAUGGAUUUGAGGAGCAAGUGAGGGAACUGAGAGCAAGGGCAAAAGAGCUUCCUGAUGAUUACUUUGUUGUUCUGGUCGGAGACAUGAUCACUGAAGAAGCCCUUCCUACUUACCAGACAAUGCUUAAUACUCUCGACGGGGUUCGAGAUGAAACAGGUGCCAGCCUUACUUCCUGGGCAGUUUGGACAAGGGCAUGGACUGCGGAGGAAAAUAGACAUGGUGAUCUUCUUAACAAGUAUCUUUACUUGUCUGGCCGCGUUGACUUGAGGCAAAUUGAGAAGACAAUUCAGUACUUGAUUGGCUCUGGAAUGGAUCCUCGGACCGAGAACAGCCCCUACCUUGGUUUCAUUUAUACUUCAUUUCAAGAGAGGGCCACCUUUAUAUCCCAUGGGAACACAGCUAGGCUGGCAAAGGAACAUGGGGAUAUGAAGUUGGCACAAAUAUGUGGUAUGAUUGCCUCAGAUGAGAAACGCCACGAGACUGCAUACACAAAGAUAGUGGAGAAGCUGUUUGAGAUCGAUCCUGAUGGAACUGUAAUGGCUUUUGCUGACAUGAUGAGGAAGAAAAUAGCUAUGCCGGCACACUUGAUGUAUGAUGGCCGUGAUGACAACCUGUUCGAAAACUAUUCUGCCGUCGCUCAGCGCAUCGGAGUCUACACUGCCAAGGACUAUGCUGAUAUCCUUGAAUUUCUUGUGGGGCGGUGGAAGGUGGCAGACCUAACCGGACUCUCUGGUGAGGGAAGGAAAGCUCAGGAUUAUGUUUGUGGGCUGCCGCCAAGAAUCCGAAGGCUGGAGGAGAGAGCUCAAGGAAGAGCCAAGGAAUCCCCAAGACUUAAAUUCAGUUGGAUUUACGAUAGGGAAGUGCAACUCUAAACAAAUCAAAUGGAGGAGGAUCAUGAUAUGAAUCAUUAUGCAUCAUUAUGCAAUAUCCUAUUCUGAGAAAGUGUUGAAUAGUGAAGAAAGCUUUCAGUUUGUCAUU